AAUAACUAAUUAGAGGCUGAGAGCCACUCGGGCUCCUAUAAGUGGAGCUGCUCCGGAGGGAGCGCAUCAGUCGCUCUCAGACCCUGCGCCACAGCACUCAUCAGCACUCAUGGGUUCGGUUCUGGCGCUGAAGUCCAGGUUCAGGUCUCAGCUGUGUGAGAUCAUCACCUCUGAUAUCCUGCACAGUUUCCUGUACGGUCGAUGGAGGAACGUGCUGGGAGAGAAUCCGUGCGAGGAGCAGCAGAGGACCGCGUUCACCGCCGAGGCUCUGGCGCAGUCCUUCACUGGAGAGGUGCAGAAGCUGUCCAGUCUGGUCCUGCCCAGCGAGGUCAUCAUCGCUCAGAGCUCCGUCCCUGGAGAAGGUUUGGGGAUCUUCUCCAAGACCUGGAUCAAAGCCGGGACCGAGAUGGGGCCGUUCUCCGGGAGACUGGUGUCCCCUGAGCACGUGGACCUGAGGAAGAACAAUAACCUCAUGUGGGAGGUGUUUAACGAGGAUGGCACAGUGCGCUGCUUCAUCGAUGCCAGUCAGGAGGAUCAGCGCAGCUGGAUGACGUACAUCAAGUGUGCUCGCAACGAGCAGGAGCAGAACCUGGAGGUGCUUCAGAUGGGCUCCAGCAUCUUCUACAGAGCUCUGGAGACUAUUCCUCCGGAUCAGGAGCUGCUGGUUUGGUAUGGGAAUUCUCACAACACUUUCCUGGGAAUUCCUGGCGUUCCGGGGACGGAGGAGGAGCAGCAGAAGAAGAGGAGCGCAGACGACUCUCACGUGUGUGACGCCGCAUCUUCCUCGCUGUCCUCCUCUUCCUCCUCGUGUCGCAUGCGCUGCGUCAUCUGUCACCGAGGCUUUAACUCCCGCAGUAACCUGCGCUCGCACAUGCGCAUCCACACCCUGGACAAGCCCUUCGUGUGCCGCUUCUGCAGCCGUCGCUUCAGUCAGUCCUCCACGCUGCGCAACCACGUGCGUCUGCACACCGGCGAGCGCCCGUACAAGUGCACCGUCUGCCAGAGCGCGUACUCGCAGCUGGCCGGCCUGCGCGCGCAUCAGAAGAGUGCGCGACACAGACCCAGCGGAUCGAACCCGGAGCCUCCGCCCGCUCCCCAUCCUGCACUGCUGCACCACGUCCCCACCCUGGUGCUCUGAGACGCAGACGGACCGAGUGCAGGAACAGACACUUUAGGCUGGAUCUGUGAGAGGAACCACAGACUGGAGGAGGAGGAGGAGGAGGAGGAUGAAGAUGUUUUGUGAGAGUGACUGAACGAUCACUGGAUGCAGAUCACUAAUCAAACACGGCACACAGCACACAAACAGGGUAAAGAGCAAGUUGAACUCAUUAAGUCAAUCUGGUCUCUGAAUGGAAAUGUCUUGCAUUAUCAACACCUCAAAGUUUGAAAAUAGAUAUUUAAUACUGUUUAAUAACCUUUACUGUAUCUGACCACACUGCUGCAUAUAUUUGUUCUUAUUUUAAUCAUAAACUCACUUCAUUGUGAUUUAUUCUGCAGUAAACAAGACGUACUGUAUAUUUCACUUCUAUAAUUUGAUUUAAAGAAUGUUUCGAUAUUUAUACUGGAAAAUGACAAUAAUCUGUCAUAAAACAACAUUUCUACCUGCUCUCUUUAAUAUAAAAUAGACUUUACUGCAAUUCGUUGACAGUUGUGCAUAAAGAGUCAGAACAGCAAUAAUUUAAAGCUUUAAAACCCCAAACCAUCGUCUGUCUCUGCAGGUCUGCAGCAGUGAUUCUGAUGAAUUAACAUCAGGAGUAUAACGUUGACAUGUUUGUGAAAGAUGCUGAUCUGCAAACACUGGAUGCAGAUGCGUGGCUUGUUAUUGAUGAUAUUGUGAGUCGGCUCGGUGGACCAGGCAAUCGUAUAAAUAAGUGUUAAAGAUGUAUAUAUGUUUGUAUUUUUGUCUAUUGUA